AUGCAAUCACGUUGAGGCAUUCUUUUGAUGGCAACCCAAUAUAAAAGGGCUAAGUUUCGGUCCCGCCCCCUCAUUUCUCUUAAAUCAACUCUUGUAACACGAUCUCAAACAAAAAAACCUAUAUUUUCAUAAUAUAUGAGAUUGUCUAUUUAAGUCAUGUAUAAGGCAUGUCUCUCGAUAAAACCGUCUCAUAUAAGAAUUUGUGUUCUUCUCAUCAUCUCAACUCAUGGCUUUCCCUUUACUUACAUAUAAACCAUAAAUCAUUCUAAAGACAUAAACAAAAAUUGUGAGCAUAUCAAUUCACAAAUUAAACAAACACACAAAAAAUGACACCAAAAGAUAAUGGCAAUGAACAACAACAUACUCUUGACAUAGUUGUAGUAAUGGUGCCAUUACCAGCACAAGGUCAUCUCAACCAACUUCUUCAUCUUUCUCAUCUCAUCAAUUCCUACCAUAUACCCGUUCAUUAUACGGGGCCCUCGACCCACAACCACAUUGCCAAGCUCCGAAUCCAAGGAUGGAGCUCCGAAUCAUUAUCCAAAAUCCAUUUUCAUGACUUCAAACUUCCUCCAUUUAACUCACCUCCUCCAACCAUUGACCCUUCUAUUCCUUACCCUAAGCAUUUUGACGCCCUUUUCGAAGCUUCCACACAUCUUCGAGAACCUGUGUUUAAUCUCAUACAAGAACUUUCUAGAAACUUCAGGAAAGUCAUUGUCAUUCAUGAUGUUUUAAUGGCGUCUGUUGUGCAAGAUGUUAAACUUAUUUCUAAUGCAGAAAAAUAUGAUUUUACUCCAAUUUCCGCCUUUUGUUCAUUUACAUACAGACGGGAAAAUUUAUACUAUGAUGACCAGUUGAUUGUAUUGAAAAAAGAUUUCCCAGAAAUCGAAAAUGUUCCAUCUAAUGAUGGGUGUAUGACACAAGAACAGAAUGAACUUGCUUCGAAUCAAAUUAAAUGUUUAGGGUUUGAAUCUGGGUCAAUUUUUAAUACAUCAAGAGUUAUAGAAGGUAAGUAUGUCCAAUUUCUGGAAAAAAUUGAGUCGAAAAUUACGGCUAAUGUGAAGUUUUUUGCGUUAGGACCCUUUAAUCCGAUAAAUAUUGUGUCAAAAAUCGAUGAAAAGAGACAUGAAUGCUUAAAAUGGCUAGAUCGGCAAGAGGAUGGAUCGGUGUUAUAUGUAUCGUUUGGUUCGACAACAUCAUUGACAGAUGAACAGAUCGAAGAGCUUGCAAAUGGGUUGGAAAGGAGCAGGGAGAAGUUUAUAUGGGUGCUCAGAAGAGCGGAUCCAAAUGAUGUUUUAGGCGAAGCUGAUCGAGUAGAGAGGCCUAAACUGUCGGAAGGGUAUGAGGAUCGAGUGAAAGGGCGAGGAUUGAUAGUAAGAGAUUGGGCGCCACAGUUAGAGAUCUUGGCGCAUAGAUCAGUAGGCGGGUUUAUGAGUCAUUGUGGGUGGAACUCGUGCUUAGAAAGUAUUAGUAUGGGUGUUCCGAUUUUGGCUUGGCCAAUGCAUUCUGAUCAGCCUAGGAAUGCUGUUUUGGUGACGGAUGUGUUGAGGAUUGGUGUGCUUGUAAGGGGUUGGGAACACCGCGAGAAGGUUGUGAACUCGAGUAGGAUCGAGGGUGUGGUUAAAACAUUGAUGGGUUCGAAAGAAGGGAUGGAGAUGAGGAAAAGAGCUAAGGAAUUAGGUGAUGAAGUUAGAAGAUCAUUUGAUGAAGGUGGUGUUUCUUGGUUAGAAAGAGACUCUUUCAUUGCCCAUAUUUCUAGAUAAUGAUCAUGCAUUCAUACUACAUCUUUUUCAUGGUCCAGCUAGAUUCUUCAAGAUGGGAUUGGUUAUAAAUUUUUAUAGACAUGCUCUAUUAUAGACUUGAUAGCCGAAAUAAUAUCAAUUAAGAGAAAAUAAAUUUCUGAUAUGGUUGAUUUUAUUGUCAAAUCAGACUAGACGUGACUAUGUGAACUUCUAAUUCUAUAUUCUGUCAAUUGAUGAAGGUGAUGAAGUUAGAAGUACAAUUCGCAAUGAAUUUCCAUGUACUUGUCUAAGAUUCCACAAGAUCCCUGUACUUGUUAUUGUUCAAAUUAGUUAUUACAUUCUUGUUUUUAUGAUAUUUAAUGUAUAAUUUUGACUUUUUGUUUUACUCGCACAUUAUUAAAAUUUAUAAUAAUUGUUAUUAUGAAUAUGUUGUC